GAUGAAAUAAUCCAGAUAUUUGUCCAACAUACAUGUCAAAAAGCAGAGUAGGGAUUUUUUUCCUUUACCCAUCUCCCUUAGUCAUGUUCUGAAUCACUGGGACUCUUAGGGGAAUGCAAAGCUUCACACAGACAGCUCAGAGGAAGUCGUAGAUGACUUUAUAAUAGUUACUCCUGAGAUAUCUGCGUGCCUUUGGCUACCAGUAUUCAUUAGGGAGUGCCAAUUAACCCAAAUACAAACCGUGGAUCCUGUGGAAAGGCAAGCAGGUAAAAAUGAGAAUGUACAGCAGGAUAAACUGGAACUGAUUUCAGCAGUAUCCGAUUUCUGCGGGCAAACUUCCCCUCGCCUGACUUUUCAAGUCCUUGGUGUCACCAUGUUCCUGCAGUGAGUAUUGGUAUGAGGAGAAGAAGAAUUAGGAGGAUGCCAGAUGCCAGCGUGGGGGUUGCUUUGUUCGCUGCCCAAGCAGCCCCUGGGGGAUGCCCGAGGCAGGGAAUGCCCAGGGAGGGAGUGAGGAUGCUCUGCGCGGCACAUCCCGGCUCUGCCCGUGCAGCUCCAGCCCGGCCCGGGGAGCUGAGCAGGAGCCCUCGGUGUGACAGGGUGCUGGAUGUGACCCCAGCCCGUGCUGCUUGGACACAGCAGGGCUGGGAGCAGCACCGGGCCGGGCAGCAAAGGAUGGCCCCCGCCUGGGGCUCUGCUCAGCCUGUCCUACAGUUAGCAGGGCUCUGUGGAGAUGGUCACACCUCUCCCGACUGUGCCUUAACAUACAAGAUGGAGUUUGGCCUUAAAUGCAGUAUUUUCUAAUGAACACUUUAGAAGGCACUGAUUUACAGGCUGCAAACUCUGCUGGAGUGCUUCGCACAGGCUCCCAGAGAGGGAGGGAGAUGCACGAAGCUUACCCUGCCUUGCAGAGCCCCAGGUCCCUCCCAGUCAGCCCAGCAGUCAUUUCUCUUUUCACUUUUCCUAACCAUCAUUUAUUUCCCCCUGCGUGAGUUUGCAGACGAGAGGCAUCGGUCUCCCCUUCUCUCUCCACCUCCUUCCCAGCCAUGUGACUGAGCACUCCCAGCAUGAAGUGAAACUUUUGAGCCCGCAGGAAAGCUCGGUCUCCUCGGCAGCCGCUCCCUGGGGAGAAGCAGCGCCUCCGACACCCGCAGCGUGCUGACCAUGGGGAGGAGCGCACGGCAGCUCAUCUCGCUGACCCUCGCCUGCGCAUUUUCCUCCUGCUUUGCUGAAGUGGCCCUGGGGGUCGAACUGUCUUCAGAAACCACAUCCUUCCACCAAGUGGCGACUUCUCAGUCGCUUUCCCUUUAUCAUUCUCCACCCUAUCAAAGCACCACAGUCCAUUUUAACAGCACAGGCCCUCUUCAAACAACACCCACGAGCCACAGAACAACUGAGCAGAGAACAGAGCAGCUCCAGGCAGCAUCAGCUCCAGGCCAGCACAUGGCAGCCCAGGCAGGAGCAGGCAGUGAAUCCACAACACCCACAGACGGCCCCGGCACGGCCCCAGCCCCGGCAGUGCCCUCGGGUACAGCUGCACUGAGGAACACAACCACCCCGCCUGUGUCCUCCACCAGGAGACCAGGUGUGACCACAGGAACUACAGCAGCGGCCACCAACAGCUCCCUGCAGCUCGAGACAGCCAGCACCCCGAGGGCAGCUGCCAGCAGCGCCGGCGCCGGGCCCAGCAGUGCCUCUGCAGCCAGCACCACGCGCGGGGCCGGGUCCAGCACCCGCUCACGGAGACAAACAACAGCCACUGGUGUGCCAACAGCCACGGCCAACAGCACAGCCACCCACGCAGGGACACGCACAGCCCCCACGUCCCCUGCCAGCACUGUGAGACCCCCUCCCACCCCACAGCCCACCGACAUCCCCACGGGCACCUACACCCUUUCCGACGGGAACAGCACCUGCGUCAAAGCCGUCAUGGGUCUGCAGCUGAUGGCUCGAAAUACGCAACAGGCGCAGAUGGAAUAUGUGACUGUCAACCCCAAUGCGACAAAGAUAUCUGGAAGCUGUGGGAUGGUGCAGUCUGAGAUGAACUUAACUUUUAGUGGAGGAUUUGUAAACAUCACCUUUGUAAAGCAAGCUCCAAGUUACUCUGUCACUAAAAUUGAGAGCAGAAUACAGUUAUCUUCUGAAGGUAUGUUUUACUAUGCAGCCUUAAAUGAGAAGCUGUUCACAACAAAGCUGGGGAAUUCCUUCAAGUGUGCCAGCAGGCAAAUCUUCACCUUGGAGAGGAACUUCCAGAUUCUCUUUGUUCAUAUGCAGCUGCAGGCGUUUGACAUUGUGGGUAACCAGUUUGGAAAAGAAGAAGAAUGUUUUGCUGACAGAAACAGCAAAAUAGCUCCCAUUGCAGUGUGCCUGUGUAUCCUGGGAUUGUUUGUCAUUGUGUUUGCCACCUUCCUGAUCUCCAGGAGGAAGCCACAUAGAGGAUAUGAACGCAUCUGAGGUGCCCUUGUGCUUUCCCAAAUGUGUGCAGCGAGCAGAGAAGCCACAGGAGUUUUUGCUUCUUCCUGGCAAUUCUUCUGCCCUGAAGCCAUAUUUUUCAGUGAGAUGACAUCAUGUAUUUACACCUAAUGAAUGUUUCUGGAAGGAGUUUAUUUAAGGUGGGAAGGAGAGAACUCACACCUACUUUAGGCUAUUCUUAGCAUCUAAUUUAGACGUAGUUCAAAAUGAGGAGCCUAAAUUCUCUCUGUUAUCAACAAAGGAGGUCAUUCAGAUCACCUAAGCCAGAUUCCUAAAAAUAGUUUAAAGCAAGCAGUAUCACUAUCCCCCAGGAAAUCCAUCAGGUCUGUUAAUGAUGGUGUUUAGAUUAAUCAAAAUAUGUAAGUUGGACCUUCAGGUGAAUAAACCAGAGGCCCACAGCUACAGACAACCCUGCUACGUGAGAGCUCGCUGAAAGCUUUUUUCAGAACACAGUCUGUGCCAAAAUCUCAGGGGAAGUGUCAAUGUGACCAGUGUGACUCCACUCACAAGUAAGUUCUCACCAGUCCUACAACACAGUUACAUUUUCUAAGUGCCUGGGGUCCUCACACUAAGUCGUUUGCAAAGACACAGUGGUAAUUGUGGAUCUUACCCGGGAGCUUAAUAUGUUCCAGGUCUUAUGAGAGCUCAGGAAACACCUACGUGCUGUUCAGACAUGGACCUGUCACAGUGACCUCACUGAGUUUAGGAAAUGUCCUCUACUGUGGCAACAGGGUGGUCUCUUAAUCCAGGAAGAUGCCACACUCACUGGAAAUGCCUGGGAUUAAGUGACCACCACUGGGGCACCUGCAUGAGGUCCAUGAGAAAUGGAAAUCCACUGAUGCUGUAUGGUCAAGGCUUCUGUGGGAAAUAAAAGCGGGCCCAGGCCUUGGACAAACUCUGCCCAAAAGUGAGUGUUCCCCAGUGUGCUCACAGCUGAGCAGCUGGAUUUUCAUAUGGAAAUAAUUUGGAGUUGCUUUAAAGCGCACUGAUACACUCUGUAGUCUAUUUCCUGCUAAACCAAUGAUGAAGGCAUGAGAAUAGUAAUUGCUUUUGAGAUUUAAGACCAGCUCAUGUUCUUUGUUGUAACAAGGAAAAGCUCCUUGUCACAAAAGAUUUACAUGUGCAGAAAUGUGCACAUACAUACACAUACACACGUGCACAUUCCACACAAUCUACUCACUGAAGCAAAUGACAUCAAGAUGAUAAGAAAUUAUGUACAAACAUAUUUGCAAAAGAGAAAAUAAUAUUCAAUAAGAGCACACUUCCUCCAAGGAGUUAGGCUAAUGGCUUAAAUUUUAUUAAUAAGAGUUUGGCCUGGAAAAGGACUAUGGAAUGGCACUCAUUAAACAAAAGGAAGACUGAAGUCAUAAGCAAAAAUGCCUUGACAGUUUAAUCUGUGUCUAAACAAAAUGGAAAUGCUGGGAGCUAAUUUAAUUUCUAUGAAUAAUGGCCCAAAUCCUGCCAGUUAUUAAUGGGAUGGAACCUCAUUGGAUUUUCACUGAAUAAAAUUGAUGGUUAUGUCUUGUCAGAUAGUCCCUUGGGUAUUUUUAAAAUAGUUUUGAUAUUUUACUAGUAUUUCACCAUUGCCAGUUUACUUAUUUAAAUGAAGAAAAAAAAGAAAUUUUUUCAUUCAAUGAAUUAAUUAGACAUGUUGGUCUGUGUGAAGCAGGAAACAUGGCUAUACUGCUCUAUAAUCAGUAUAAUAUGUAGCUGUGGAAGUAAUUAACAUUCUCUAGAAAUGUUCCCUUUGAGUCUGAAUGGGCCAAUAAAAAAGAAGGAUAAAGACAGUUUUGAAGCACUUUUACACUUGGAGAAACACCAGAACCAGCUGUGAGCACAGGAACAGCUGAAUACAUUUAUAAGGUAAAAUAGCACAAGAAAUAAGAUACCAAACUCUCAAGCCUCGAAUACAGACACUGUGAUUUGGACUGUAUUCAGUUGAAUACUUAAAUUGGAAUGCAAGUAUUUCAAUUAUUCUUUUGCAAAGGGCUCCAGCACUGUUCAUAACGCUUAGUGAGCUUUAUCGAGCUCAUUUUCCCUUCCUCCUUCCCUCCUUAGCAGACAAGCAGCCACUGGACUCAGACUUUUGGCCUAAUAAGGUCCUUCUCAGGGUUACUUAAUACUAUGAAUCUCUUGUUUAGAAAGCAGACUUUUAUAGUCAAUUAAAGCAUUCACCUUUUUUUUUUUUUUAAUGAGGUACCUGGGAGGAAAGGUAAAUGGAUGAAGAGCUUUCAUUUGAAAAUGACCCUGUGCCUGCAGUAGGGAUGUCACUGUCCCAGUCUAUGUGUGGACAUUUUAACAGCAAAAGCUGCCUGAAAAAGCUCAGCAUGCAGUCUGGCCCUAAGCUGUUCUGCCCAGGGAUCAACAGACAUCUUUCCCUUGUCAAAGCUGAGUCCCAUUUCACGUGUUCUUUGGAUUGUUGGAUUAUGUGAUCUGUGUCACUUCUACUGACAUGGACAUAACAUUUGCUUGUUCUGUUCUGAAAAAUUGCUUUAUGUUAAUAUUCAGUCUUUCUAAAAAGUCGGAUAUCAGCAGGAGGACAGAAGAGAGUUACUAAUGACAGCUAAUUCUGUGGUUAAUAUUGUGACAGCUGGCAUUUUUACUAGUGAUGCACGAAUAACAUUUUACCCCAUAGUUUGUUUUUUUUUCUAUAAUGAAUCAACUUGUUAGUAUUGAACAAUGUUUGGAUUCAGAUUUACCUGAUUUGUUCUUAUGCUUUUUCUUGCUAUUUUUUGUUUGCUAUUUUUAUGAAGCUGCAUUCUGCCAUUUGUACACGAAUGAUACUCUGGGCUUGCUCUAACUGGCACAAGUGAAGUGCACUUGGUGCAAAUCAAUGAAAAAACUG